AUGGUCGAAAGCACCGAGCGGUACAUCGUGGGUACGACGCCCCCUGCUUCGCCCCUGCGCAACGCAUCGCCGAUUGUCGUGUUGAAAUCUCGUUCGAGAGGCGUGGUGGCCACCUGGGAACGGAUGGCCGCCAUCGCCCAAAUGGACAUGCAUCGACUCAAAACGGAGAUUUGUCGAAUACGUACAAGAUGUGACAUAUCUAUGCUCUGUCACACCCAACCCAAGUUUCACUUUCUCGAGUGGAUGCUUGAUUGGGUCAUGGCCAUAUGCGAAGUGCUGUCGUUUCAAGGGAACACGGACUUGGUCAAUGUCAUCACCACGGCCGCGUACGCGUUGUCUUCGUUGGCAAAUCCUUUGGACGUGUCCGUAAACGUGGCGUCCGACAUUCGAUACGUAUGUGUGUACGUCACGUGUAUCCUCAUCGGCUUCGCGAGUUUUGCCACCGUGUACCGUGUGACCAACCGAGGGUACGUGGAAGGGCUUGCACUCUCGGAUUAG